AUGUACAUUCGAAUCUAUUUUCUUCCUUGGAUAAUAUUCAUAUCACUUCCAGCUAUUAAUAAUCUACCAACUUGUGUUCGUAUUUAUUUCAUUACUAAAGAUUUCUUUAAUGGAUACAAAGAUGAGGAAUUUUCCAUUUAUGAUUCUACAAGGAAACAAUUACAAUAUCGUAUCGAAUCUGAUUUUGCUUUUGGACUUAAAUUGAAAGUCGUUAAUCAAUCAACGAAACAAAUUACAGCAAUGAUAAGACGUCUAAGUAAAGGAGGUGUUUCUCGAGCAAAUUUUGCAAUUAUUGAUUCAUCUUUGAAUCAGUACAUAAAUGGAACAAUUGAAAAAGUUUUUAAUAUGACUGAUAAGUAUUACUUAAUUCAAUGGCAUAAACAUCGUGUUUUUAUUGGAAAUCAAUUUAAGGCACCCGUGAGGAUAUUUCAAUAUGAAAAUAGCAGUGAAAUUUUGGCUAUUUUGGAAACUCUAUCCAACAAACUACCAGAUGAAAUUUAUUUUCUUGCAGUUGGAGUUAUACUACAAACUGAGAGACAUGGAGGUAGAGGAUAG